GGCCCUCUCCUCCGUUCCUCCCUCCCUUCCGGGGCUAGGGAGCCUCCCACCCUGGAGCGGCGCUGGAAGCCAAGUUGCUGCGGCCUGGGUUGUGCGAGCGCUAGGUGGGGGUGAUGGCAACCAGCUGGAAAAGCAUUCUGCAGAAUGAACAGCAGCUACAAGAGCUGGCCUGGCAGGCCGUGGACAAGGCCUUGAUGGAGGGAGUGCUGAUGAGAACCAAGCAGGACCCCGGCUCCUCUAAUAUUGUAAGUUAUGCCCCCUUCACCUUGUUCCCCUCCGCAGUACCCAGAGAGCUUCUGGAGCAAGCCUAUGAGGUACAAGUGGACUUCAACCUCCUCGUGGACACAGUCAGCCAAGACUCAGCCUUCUUGGAACAGACUCUCUCCAGCACCAUUAAAAUAGACGACUUCAUCGCUCGGCUCUUUGGCAUCUACAAACAAGUCCUGAAAGAGGGCGUUGCCCAGACGGUGUUUCUAGGACUGAAUCGCUCUGAUUACAUGUUUAACCGAAGUGCAGCUGGCCCCCCGGUCCUGAAACAAAUCGAGAUCAACACCAUUUCUGCCAGCUUUGGGGGCCUCUCCUCCAAGACCCCAGCUGUGCAUCGGCACAUCCUUAAUGUCCUGGGCAAAACUAAGGAAGCAGCCAGUAUUCUCUCCAACAAUCCCAGCAAGGGACUGGCCCUGGGCAUUGCCAAAGCAUGGGAACUCUACGGUUCAUCCAAGGCUCUGGUUCUUGUCAUUGCUAAAAAAGAGGAAAGAAAUGUAUUUGACCAACACUACAUAGAACAUGACCUAUUAGCCAGGAACAUCCAUGUGAUUCGUCGAAGUUUUGAAGAUGUUGCUGAAACGGGAUUUUUGGCCCAAGACCGGAAAUUGUUUGUGGAUGGCCAGGAGAUUGCUGUGGUCUACUUCCGUGACGGCUAUGUGCCCAGUCAGUACAGCCCCCAGAAUUGGGAAGCUCGCUUGCUCCUGGAGAGGUCGUGUGCUGUUAAGUGCCCAGAUGUAGCCACUCAGUUGGUUGGGACCAAGAAGGUCCAGCAGGAGCUAAGCCGCCCAGGGGUGCUGGAGACCUUGAUACCGGACCAGCCGGAAGCUGUGGCCCGCCUGCGGGCCACAUUUGCAGGCCUGUACUCCUUGGAUGUGGGCGAAGAAGGUGACCGUGCUAUCAUGGAAGCCAUCGCUGCCCCAGACCGAUUUGUCCUGAAGCCCCAAAGGGAGGGUGGAGGAAACAACCUGUAUGGGGAGGCGAUAGCACAAACCCUGGAGCAGCUAAAGGCCAGUGAGAAGAGAGCCUCCUACAUUCUCAUGGAGAAGAUUGAGCCUGAGCCCUUUGGGAACUGUCUCUUGCAAGCUGGGGUACCUGCACAGAUGACCCAGUGCAUUUCAGAGCUGGGCAUCUUUGGUGUUUAUGUCAGGCAAGGGAAGACGCUGGUGAUGAACAAGCAUGUGGGGCACCUUCUUCGUACCAAAUCCACGAAAUAUGCAGAUGGUGGGGUGGCCGCUGGAGUAGCUGUCCUAGACAACCCCUAUCUAGUGUGAGGGAACGUGGUUAUACUGCCCGUGUGUGUAUGCAGGGCGGGGCAGGGCCUGGCUAGUGAAUGGCUUUGGAUUCUCCCUGCUUUCUUCAGAUUUCCACUCCCUCUCUCUCCUUCUCACAGCUUAAGACUGCCUUCAGAUGACCAGAAAAGCAGCAGGAAACUUUUUUUCCUGAAUCUUAGGUCCUUGAAACCCAGUGGGAUCAGAGGCCUGCCCUGCCCCUCCCUCCCCAGAGGUCAGAUCUCAGCCUGGAAUGGAUUAGCUCCCCACCUCUCAAAUAAAGAUGCAUUGAUUAAA